GAGGGGUUUCAGUCUCAGCCCAAAGCUUCUAACAGGCACAUCCCAUUCUUGAAGAGAGGGGGACCGAGAGACACUUGCCGUGUCCAUGUUUUUUCCUGUCAUCCCCGCACGAGUCUGACUGUACCCCUCAGACUUGACGCAUCUCCAUAUCGAGGAAUUUACACUGCAGUUUCACCAGAGGACACUGGAGGAGACCCAACCGCUAAUACUUGAGUUCCCUUAAAUAUGUAGCUAACAAAUAUUAACCGAACGACUGAUUACGCUAACGUUCCUGCGUAAAAGAUUUUUUGAGACUAUAGUGCAGGACAUGAUCUGCACCUGACCAGACUCGUGUCUUCAUUUAAUGGACUGAACAGCACGAGAUAAAGUUCGUCGCGCGCUGAAGAACUUCUUCUGUACACUGGCAUCGGAAGCAUUCUGCUUUGAACGGAUAGCAAUCUUUAUUAAUUCCUAUUAAAGCUACAUAAUCAAGGCGAGACGGCGACCUCAGUCGAUUAUCUUUCCUUUCUUUGCUAUCCCAUGGAUAUCCACUGCAAAGCAGACCCCUUCUCGGCGAUGCACCUAUCCCAUAUAGGGCACGGCGGUGUGAACCAGCUAGGGGGGGUGUUUGUGAAUGGCAGACCCCUACCUGACGUGGUCAGGCAAAGAAUCGUUGAGCUCGCGCACCAAGGAGUCAGACCUUGUGACAUCUCAAGACAGCUACGGGUCAGCCAUGGCUGUGUCAGCAAAAUUCUCGGAAGCUAUCAAAAGGAUCUUAUAAGAUAUUAUGAAACCGGCAGUAUUAAACCCGGAGUUAUUGGCGGGUCCAAACCAAAAGUGGCGACGCCCAAAGUUGUGGAUAAAAUCGCAGAAUACAAGCGGCAGAAUCCCACAAUGUUUGCCUGGGAGAUCAGAGACCGACUUCUCGCCGAGGGCGUAUGUGACAACGACACUGUACCAAGUGUUUCAUCUAUAAACAGGAUAAUUCGAACCAAAGUUCAGCAGCCUUUCCAUCCAUCUUCUGAUGGCACAGGAACGCCUCUCACCACAGGACACACUAUAGUGCCCAGCACAGCUUCCCCACCUGUGUCAAGUGCUUCCAAUGACCCCGUGGGGUCCUACUCUAUUAAUGGCAUCCUCGGAAUCCCUCGCUCCAAUGGUGAAAAGAGAAAACGUGAUGAUGUUCUCUGGAGUGGCAACCACUUGGAUGGGAGGAAAAUAGGAUAUUAUGGUUCAGAUGGCUCUGGCCCAAACAGUGAUUCUCAGGGUAGUGUGGAGAGUUUACGGAAGCACCUGAGGGCUGAUGCUUUCACUCAACAGCAGCUGGAGGCUCUGGACCGGGUGUUUGAGCGGCCGUCAUACCCCGACGUCUUCCCCACGUCAGAGCACAUCAAGCCAGAGCAGGCUAAUGAAUACUCGCUACCAGCACUGAACCCUGGACUCGACGAAGUCAAGCCCAGUCUGUCAACCAGCGCCAGCUCAGAUUUGGGCUCCAGCGUGUCACAGAGCUACCCGGUAGUGACAGGUCGAGACAUGGCAAGCACAACCCUACCAGGGUACCCACCUCACGUUCCCCCGACUGGGCAGGGCAGCUACCCCACCUCUACACUUGCUGGAAUGGUCCCUGGAAGUGACUUUUCAGGAAAUCCCUACUCUCACCCACAGUACACAACCUACAAUGAUGCUUGGCGGUUCAGCAACCCCGCAUUAUUAAUGCCGCAUCCCGGGGCUCCGCCCCUCCCACUGCUGCCACUGCCUAUGACCGCCACUAGUUACCAUGGCAACCCAAUCAAACUGCAGGACCAUGGCCGCGGCCUCCAUAUCGUACCAGUCUGAAUUCCGUUAAGGUCAGAGGGAUUGAAGAUGGCUACACGAUCGUCAGUUUCAUGGGGCUGAGAUUUGAUUAGAAGGGUCAAGCAACAGCAGGAUCCCCCCCCCCCCCCCAGACAUCAACUAUACCCCCCCCCAUGCAACAUCAACAUUAAGGCCCUCAUUCUCUGAAUCACUGAACAAUGACUGAACUAUUUCCUGAAAGACUUUGAAAGAUUCUACAAAAAUAUAUAUAUAUUAUACAAGCUAUAAAAAAAGACAAACCGUGUGAAGAAUACAAAGUAACAAUUGAUGUGUUGUUGUUUUUUUUUUCUCUCUCUCUCUUUAAAUCAAUCAGUACAUUCCUUUACAUACUGUAUUUAGAAUCGCUUACAGAUCACACACAAGGUUGCCUGAGGCCUUUAAAGUAAUUUGCCCAUGUCCUACCAUUUCACUAGUGUCUUACCUCUCACAGACAGAACAGCAAUUUGUACGACUCAGUUAUAGAGCAUAAAGAGAACACUGCAGUAUGGAAUUUGCUCAAGUUUCUGUCAAACAGACAAGUCUUGGAGAAGCCAUCUCUGACUCAUGAUUUAAUGUUUUCUGUGAUACACAAUCAAAAUGGGGAAAAAGCAAAAUAGAAAAAAGAAAAAUCAGGUCAUAGACACUAAAAAAGUUAACUGUACAUGACCUGAAAAGAAAUCAGUUUAUUAAAUUAUUGUUUUGGUUUAGCUGAUGGUUUGUGUGCGUGUGUGCAUUUGUGUGUGUCAUACAUUUUCAGGAUAUUCCAUUAUAUCAUGUGUAAUCUCCAAUAUCAUGAUUGGUGACGCUCUUUUCUCGUUUGCACUAUUUUGCAUCACUGGAUUUUUAAGUACAGUUUAAUUACAGUUGUCUUCUAAAGUCUGUCAGAUUACAUGUUAUAUUUAAGUAUGACGGCCUACUCUAACUCUAGCAGCACUGGACAAAAAUACAUUUGCUGUUCAUUUGUUUUUAAACUCUACAUUAGAAACUAGUAUCUGUCUUUUUGUCCUUCAUUGUGAAUCAAAGGAUUUCUUUGGAAUUGUGUAACUGAGAUUACUCUGAUUGUCUCAGUCCCAAAAUAAUCAUUAGUAGUCAUCAACUGUACAACAACAAGUUCAACAAAUGCCUUACAGCUUUUUUAAUGUAUUAUUUUUUAGUUUGGCUAUGGUCCUGAGAGGUAGACAUACAUGUAACCCUUCUGUGGUUGAACAAAAAUUUCUCUAAAUGCUAAGUGGGACAUUGAGGUUAGACAUGAAACAGUGCAUACAUACACUCCUGGAAAUGUGAAGUGAAUGUAAUUUAUACCACGUUUGCCAAAGACUUAGUUUGAUAUUUAAUAUUUUAUUUGCUGUAUCUGUCAAUAAAACAGUAUUAUGUUUUAAUAGUAGUCAACACUGAAUGUAUGUGGUAAUGCUGAACAUAAGGAAAAGAUCCAUCUUAGCCCUACAGCAAUGUACACAAAAAAAGGUGAAUUCUGUUACUCAAAGGUAUGUCAUUUGCAACAAACUGCUGCUUUGUAGAAUGAUUUGUGUAUAAUGUGAAAACAAUUCUUCUAUGUAUAUAAGAUCACUUUUUCACCAUUGCAGUAUCGUACUAAUUUAAUGAUUCCAUUUGUAGAUAUGAGAACUGAAAGAAAAAAAAAACGAUUUACAUUACA